AUGGUGUUUAUUGACCUGGAAAAGACGUAUAACAAGGUCCCUAGGGAGGUUUUAUGGAGAUGCUUGGAGGCGAGGAAGAUACCAGUGGCGUACAUCCGUUCGAUUAAGGACAUGUAUGAGGGGGUGAAGACCCCGGUAAGGACCGCUAGAGGAGAUUCUGAGCAUUUCUCGGUCUUGACAGGGCUGCAUCAGGGAUCGACUCUUCGCCCGUUCUUAUUCGCCUUGGUGAUGGAUGUGUUGACGAGGAAUAUACAAGGGGAGGUCCCUUGGUGUUUGUUUUUUGCGGAUGAUAUAGUUUUGAUUGAUGAGUCGCGCCGAGGUGUUAAUGAGAAGUUGGAGGUGGCGGAAAUAAGAAUGUUACGUUGGAUGUGGGGUUAUACGAGGGAUGACAGGGUAAGGAAUGACACUAUUCGGGAAAAGGUGGGUGUAGCUUCGGUGGAGGAUAAGAUGGGGGAUGUGAGGUUGAGAUGA